AGAAAGUUACAAAAUAAGAAAAUUGCUCAUAUAAUCUUUCCCACUCUUCAACCCAAUCGGCAGUGGACAUGACACAAGAGCUAAAUUCGUCGUAAUUGACCGUAAGAUAAACAUGGCUAACGGGUUUUGCAUCAAACAAUUGGCUGGGCUUGGAGUUUAUGCUUGUGUACCGUCGGCAAUCCCUUUCUCUUUCCCCACUCCAUUUUCAAGAAUAGUUUGUGGGUACAGAGCAUCUCGCUUGCGUAGGCUGGUUUUAGGCAUUGGGUUCUCACUUAUGGCUGCUCCCAGUUUUGGCGCCAAGUCUUUCAUGGCGUACGCCAGGCAAAAAGGUGCUGUUGAGAAGGUGUUAGAGAAUGUAGAAUGGCCAGAGCAAUUUCCCUUCAAGGAAGAGGAUUUUCAGCGCUUUGACGAGACACCCGAUACAUUUUUCUAUGAAUCUCCUCGUUUUGUGACACAUAUUGAUGAUCCAGCUAUUGCUGCACUCACUAAGUACUACUCGGAGGUUUUUCCCCCGAGUAAUACUCAUGGAGUUGCUCUGCUUGACAUGUGUAGCAGCUGGGUCAGUCAUUAUCCCAAAGGUUAUAAGCAAUCAAGGAUAGCUGGAAUGGGAUUGAACGAAGAAGAGCUAAAGCGGAAUCCUGUUUUAACUGAAUACGUUGUGCAAGACUUAAACGUUGAUCCUAGACUCCCUUUUGAAGACAACACAUUUGAUGUCAUUACGAAUGUGGUUAGUGUUGAUUACCUAACGAAGCCUAUUGACGUAUUCAAGGAGAUGUCUCGCAUCCUCAAACCAGGUGGACUUGCUAUUAUAAGCUUCUCCAACCGUUGCUUCUUUACAAAGGCAAUCUCGAUUUGGACAUCAACUGGAGAUGCUGAUCAUGUAAUGAUAGUAGGAGCAUAUUUUCAUUAUGCUGGAGGAUUUGAGCCACCUGAGGCUGUGGAUAUAUCUCCAAAUCCCGGCCGUACAGAUCCUAUGUAUUUGGUUUACUCAAGAAAAUUAGCAAACUGAGGAUCACAAAUUAGUCUACCAGUAAAAUUUGGUAAACUGGGAUUUUUUACGCAAACCAUGUCUUUGGAAUAUCUUUCCUCUGAACUUCUGUUUGCUAAUGGCAUUCAAAUCUAUACACAUAAUUGUCCAGCCACCCUUACAUAUUGUAACUUGGACAAUCCGCUUUGUGAUUCAUUCAUGAG